GACGACGAUAACGACGACGACGACAGAGAGACGCCUGAUAUUAUUCACCGAGAGAUCCAAUGCCGCGCGUCGUCGCGGGCGUGAUCGCAGUAUUCGGACUAUAGACUCGUUUGAGACUCUCUCUUUCUCUCUCUCUCGUUCUCUCUCUCGCUCUUUGUCUCGCCUUCUUUCCUCUUUCGUUCCUCCGUGAUCGCGGACUGGCAGAGCUUCUUUGUGCGUUGUCGUUGCUCGCAACAACGCGGCGCCUGUCGCGAUGGGCGAGAAUAAACGCGACACGACCUCGUUUAACUUUGUGACCUGUGUGAUGGUGUAACCUCGCGAGUGCGACAUUCCUCACAAGUUCAGUCUUGGAAAAUUGUCUCAUCGGUUUUCGUUACUCGAUAGAAAAUUCGUUGAAAUGCAAAUAUAACGCGCCUCGACGACAUCAAGAUAGAUAAGCAAAGCAGCGUAACGUCGUACACAGUCGUACGUGAUUCCGAUUAAUUUUAUCGUCCCACAGCGAUUCCUCCUGUGCGUUCGUACGAGGGAAACUUCGUCUUGGGGAGAAAUCUCGUCGGAUCUCCGUCCACAACAGGACGGCGCUGUGUUUAGUCCUAUGCUAGUCCCUAAAGCGUCUCUUCUCACGCGCGGGAUCGAUUGCCCUUGAACUAACGUGUCGCCGCGCCUUAUUAUAAAUGCGCGUGCUAAUUAGCGAGUUCCCGAGUUGCGACACGUAUAUACACGUAUGUACGGACACGCUCGUCCUUCGCGCGCGUAUUUAUAUCGUAUGCAAAAUCAGAGUAGACUCCUCCGACGGCCUCCAAAAAAAAACAGCGUCCGCAUUUAGGCGCGCGUUUCGCAGCUGCGGCCGAGGACGAAGCUGAUUUCGCAUCGAGAACGACCUCGGCGUAGCUGACAGUACGAAAAUCAUUGUUUUAUGUGUACAUGUGCAUGUGUGCACACGCAUACACCGUCCGUCCAAUGAAAUUUCGCAAUCGGUCGACCGAGCGCGAAUAGUUUUCGCUCCGCCGUGAGAGUAGCCAUUUCGCUCAUUGGCUACCGGAGUUCAUCUCGGAUGUUUUGGCAGCUGACUUUGUUCCCUUUUCCAUCGCUCUCUCCCUCUCUCUCUUUCUCCCCCUCGCGAUAACAGAAACGUUGAAAAAAAUCUCGUGCUCAUCCGCGCCGCCGAGACGCUCAAACGCCGUCGCGGCAGUCGAUUCCUCUUCCUCCGGAUGCUUUAUUCGGGCAGCGUCGAGAGGAACGAUGACGUCACGUACUGAAACAUAAGCUGUUUUCUCGUGGCAGGUGCGCGUCCUCCAGUUUACGAAAAUUCUCGCGCCUCCCGUCGGGUUUUUCGCGUUUGCUAAAAAAAGAAAGAAACAAAAAUCGAUUUCAGACGAAUUUUCUAGACGCGCGUAAAAAUAUAAAUAAAUUCCCACGAUCAACGAUUAUUCAUUGUAAAUCAUACAGGAAGCACUUCGACCGAAUCCAGUGCGGAUUGACAUUUCUGCGAACUCCUUGUACCCGAUGCUACGUGAAUAAGUGCAGUUAUUUACUAAUCGAAAAAGAAAGGGAAAAAGAGAACGGAAGAAACAUUAUAGACAUAGAAGUUUCGAGGCUUGUCAAAUCCGACACACAAAAAUGGAUUCGGAAGAGGAAACGCUUUACGACGACGUUGACUCCGGCAAUGAGUCAAGUGGCGAUGAUGUCGAUUUCGCCAUGGAAAUAGAAUCCGGUAAUCCGCGGGAGCGAGCUACCGAUGUUGAUGAAUAUCCUUUCGAAGUACUCUCCACAGAAGAGAUUGUACAGCACAUGGUUGACUCCAUAAAAGAAGUCAACACUGUUGUCGAAAUACCAGCUACCACUACACGUAUUUUAUUAAAUCACUUCAAAUGGGAUAAGGAAAAAUUGAUGGAACGUUUUUAUGAUGGUGAUCAAGAGAAGUUGUUUGCCGAGGCUCGUGUCAUUAAUCCUUUUAGAAAAGGCCCUUUGAUAAGCAGAAGUCGAUCCUCCCAGAGUUCCCUGCCUAAAAGACCGACUAAUGGCACAGAGGAAUGUGGAAUUUGUUUUAUGAUCCUACCAUCUUCUAUGAUGACUGGUCUGGAGUGUGGACAUCGUUUUUGUACUGGUUGCUGGGGAGAAUAUUUGACAACCAAAAUCAUGGAGGAAGGAGUCGGACAGACGAUAGCAUGUGCUGCUCAUGCUUGUGACAUUUUAGUUGACGAUGCCAGUGUUAUGCGGCUUGUCAAAGAUUCCAAAGUUAAAUUAAAAUAUCAGCACUUAAUUACCAAUAGCUUUGUCGAAUGUAAUAGGUUGCUGAGAUGGUGUCCUUCGCCCGAUUGUAAUAAUGCUAUUAAGGUGCAAUAUGUAGAAGCAAGACCAGUUACUUGCAAGUGUGGACAUAUCUUUUGUUUCCAUUGUGGCGAAAACUGGCAUGAUCCUGUCAAGUGUCAUUUACUUCGUAAAUGGAUUAAAAAAUGUGACGACGAUUCCGAAACGUCAAACUGGAUCGCUGCUAAUACAAAAGAGUGCCCAAAAUGUAAUGUCACUAUCGAAAAGGAUGGCGGCUGUAAUCAUAUGGUUUGCAAAAAUCAGAAUUGUAAAACUGAAUUCUGUUGGGUCUGUCUUGGACCCUGGGAACCACAUGGUUCUAGUUGGUACAAUUGUAACCGUUAUGAUGAAGAGGAAGCUAAAGUGGCCAGGGAUGCGCAAGAAAAAUCCAGAUCAGCUUUACAGAGAUACUUAUUUUAUUGCAAUAGAUAUAUGAAUCAUAUGCAGUCACUAAAAUUUGAAAGUAAACUAUAUGCAAGUGUGAAGGAGAAGAUGGAAGAGAUGCAGCAACAUAAUAUGUCGUGGAUCGAGGUAUAAUAUU